AUGCUCGUUCGCUCGCGGCGCGUCAAGGAGCUCAUCCAGUUGCACAAGACGGAGAAGCGACGGCCGAGCGUGACGUGGACGCGCGAGACGUCGUUUUCGUUCUCGAUGCGCAAACCGCGCCGCCUCAACGCAUCGGUGGUGCCACGCGACGUUGCAACGACAGCGACAAGACGACCGUCGGCGGCCAUUGCCCCGCUCGUGCUCCAGGACGUGGAGGACCUCUAAUGACGUCAGCACCCGUACUGUAGCGGUGGUGUACAAGGAGGACAUGACAAUCAACGUGGCGCGCUGAC